AUGGAAGGAAAGAAAGUGUUAGUGGUUGAUGAUGAACCCUUUGCUCAAAAUUUAUUGAAGAUGCUUUAUGGUGUUCUGAAAGUAGAGUGUAUAGUAGUGGCUAAUGGAAAGGAAGCCUUGGAAGAAUACCAAAAAUCAGCUAAUUUUGUUCACAUACUCAUGGAUAUUCAUAUGCCAAUAAUGGAUGGAUAUGAUGUAACAGUUAAAUUUAAAUAUUAGUCUACAAAAUAAAUUAGGCUUCAUGAAAAAGCAAAAGGAUUACCUAGAUGCAAGAUUCUUGGUCUCAGUGGAGGUAAAUAUCAUUAUAAUAUGAAUAAUAAGACGGUGAUCCAAAAACAAAGGCAGCUUGUAUUAGUGCUGGUAUGGAUGAUUUACUAGUUAAGCCAUUGAAAAAGGAGCAAUUAUAAUAGUUUUUAUGA